AUGGCUCCGUGUCCAUUCUCCCGCACGUUGAAGCGCCGCAGCCUGCGCAAGGCCAGUGCCCGGCACACCGCCACAGUCACAAUCACUCCACGGAGCAUGGCCUUGGUCGAACUGUGCCUGACCUCCUUGACAGCAAAGGGGAGGCGGCGAUACAAGGUCAAGUUCCGAAGCAUGACCGGCCAAAUCAUGGCAUUCCGCUAUGAUCCAGCCUCCUCGGUCUUGUACCGCAUGGGAAGCGACGGCGUGCUCCACGUCAUCCCACUUCAAUUCCCUGUCGGUGGGUUCCGCGGAGGAGGCGGCCGUGGCAAGGAGGAUGACAGCGUCCAUGCCAUCCCUGAUGGCUUUCGUCUGAUAAAGAUGCCUGGCGACGGCAACUGCCUUUUCCAUGCCCUCUCGCAUGACGAUGAUGGCGACGGCGCGGCCUUGCGAGAGGAGGUGCGCGAUUUCCUGGAAGAACAGGCCGCCAACCAGGAGGAAUUCGAGGAGUCGUGGCUAGAAGAAGCGGAGCUGCUCGAUGAAGACCCUGCAACCGCCUGGGGCGGAGACGCCAGCAUUCUCGCCUGGACGCUCAUGCGCGAGCAGCGUGCCGUGCUGCACUGGUGCGACGAGCAAGGCCAGCUGCAGGUGACGGACAAGACGCACUGGCAG